AUGCUGCUGGUGCCGCCUUCUUUCUUUGCCACAUGCCUGGGUGCGGUUGGAACGCCUCGACGCAAAUUAGCGAGAGGUGCUGCUGUGCCCGCCUGGUCCUUCUUGCGCCUCACUCCCCACCCCACGCCUGCUGCCACUACUGUCACUGCUGCUACUCCUCCUCCUCCUGCCCAGGCCAGAGCCGCAUCCGCCAUCAACUGCAUCAAGCAUCCAUCCCCUGCCCGCCCGGCCCCCCUUGCCUCGCUUUCUGGCAAGAACAACUCUUCUUCCCAUCUCCUCCCACCUCUCGUGCAACCCACGUUCUCUUCACCCAUUCCCUACUCGCCGUCUCUAGCUACGAGCACCCUACCUCCAACACUUCCGUCUCCAGCAGCCAUCUCUCCGUCCAACAUCGUCUAUCCCAGCGCAUCGCCCUCCCGUUCUGCGCUCCCCUUGUCGCCCGUUCGCAUCGAGAUCUCACCAGAGCGCCUUGCACACUCACGGCCAUCUACUCCCGCAUCUACGGCGCUCAUACCCGCCGUCUACCCUCGCUCCAAAAUCAACGCUUUGUAG